ACCCACAGCGCUCAGAGAGACAGAACACACAACUACCGGAAACACUACUAGAAGAAUAAAAGGACCAACUUUAACAGUCUUACAACUUUUUUUGACUGUUUUCUUUUUUUGAAUUAAACUUUUUGUUUUCCAGCUCUACAAGCUCUUUUAUGUAUUUGGAUUUAUUGCUACUUCUAUCCCGCCGUCCUACUAUGGUCAUUAUGGAUGUUCCCACCAUCGACUGUGCGUCCCUCCGCGGCUCCUUGUUGCAGGAGGAGCGCGUUGAGGUCCAGGUCCAGGUCCUGGUGCUGGACUGCCGAUCCUUCCUCUCCUUCAACUCGUCCCACAUCUCGGACUCCACCAAUGUGCGCUUCAGCACCAUAGUGCGCAGGAGAGCCAGGGGUGGGUUAGGACUGGAGCACAUCGUCCCCAACGAGGACACCAGGACCCGGCUGCUGUCCGGGGAAUACCAGUCUGUGGUGCUGCUCGACGACCGCAGUCUGGACUUAAGCCAGGCCAAGAAGGACGGGACCUUGAUGCUCGCUGUCACGGCCCUGCGGCGAGACCCGUGUGGAGCCAGGGUUUUUAUUCUCAAAGGCGGUUUUGAGAAGUUUUCCACCGAGUACCCAGAGAUGUGUACCAAACCCUCCCCUCCACAGGGGCUCAGUUUGCCCCUGAGCUCCAGCCAUCCUGAGAGUGCAGACCCGGGCUGUAGUCCAUGCAAUACUCCUCUAUAUGACCAGGGUGGUCCUGUGGAGAUCUUGCCUUUCCUGUACCUUGGCAGUGCCUACCACGCUUCAAGAAAAGACAUGCUGGACAUGCUGGGGAUCACUGCUCUGAUCAACGUCUCCGCCAACUGCCCCAACCACUUUGUGGACUCCUUCGUCUACAAGAGCAUCCCCGUCGAGGACAACCACAAAGCAGAUAUCAGCUCCUGGUUCAACGAGGCGAUCGAGUUUAUCGACUCGGUGAGGAAUAAAGGUGGCCGCGUGUUUGUGCACUGUCAAGCCGGCAUCUCCCGCUCCGCCACCAUUUGCCUCGCCUACCUCAUGCGGACCAACCGCGUAAAGCUGGACGAGGCGUUUGAGUUCGUCAAGCAGCGCCGCAGCAUUAUCUCUCCCAACUUCAGCUUCAUGGGUCAGCUCCUCCAGUUCGAGUCCCAGGUCCUGGCCACGUCUACCUGCUCCUCAGAGGCAGCUAGUCCAGCAAUCGGCAACAACAGCACAGUCUUCAAUUUCCCCGUCUCCAUCCCCGUACACACCUCAGCUGGUCAGCUCUCAUUCCUCCACAGUCCCAUCACCACCUCGCCCAGCUGCUGAGGAAGGUGUGGGGAGCACAGAGACUUUGUUUGGACUUGAACUCACAAGUGACUCUGCAAAGAGCACUGCACAAAACACGGCCCUGAUUUGAAUCCAUUUUAUGGUGAUACUGGUAUCACUGGACAGAAUGGGAGCUUGUAUUUAGGGUCAGUUCAUUUGACUCUGUGAUGUGCUGGUCAAACCUCUGUAGGUUGGCCUCUACAUUUCAAAGUGGGAGACGAUACCUACCACCAAGGCAGUAUUCAUGUUGUGCCUCCUAAAUGUGAAAGUCAUACGCAGUUUUAAUCCUAGAUGACUUGGGGAAAUGUCCAGUAGCUGAGAUUAUUCCUCUAGAGGAAGUAUCUGAAUAUUCUUUAUUCAAAAGGACAGAUUCUUUUUUUUUUUUUCACAAAGGCAACUGCUUUUGAUAAUCAUUUUUAAGCAAACAAAAUGGAGAGGGCUAUCAGUUGUCUCAGGAAUGUUGACUUAUCCUCUCAAAUGUCCAUUUUGCUUUCUAUACUGCUUAAAGAAAACAAACCAUUGCCCGACACGGCGUGGAAGUUACUCCCUCAUUUGACGAACAAUGAAUGUAUCCCCUUCUUUUCAGUGUAGGUGUGGCAGGAAUCUUCAUGUUCACUUUGAGAGUAGAUUGGGUUGCCAAUUCAAAUGCAAACACCUGCCUUUCAAGACAUCAUGAAAGCUUGACGAUCUUGACACAUUGGGGGAAAUGGACCAUUAAAUACCUCAUGUUUCUGUACUGUGUACCGCAGCGCUGAGACCGACAGAACCCCAGAACUACUAAAAACGGGGACACCUAGUCCUCAGUGCCUGCAUUCUGACAUAUUUAUUGAACUAAAGUAAUAUAUUUCUUUAUCAUAUCUAUUUUUGCAUAUGUUUGUCUAAAUGUUGUUUUUAUACCGUUUAAUAAAUCUCAUUUGACUUUUGUA